UUGGACUCAUUCGUUGAAGGCUAUGAAUGCUUCUCACCAGAGAGCUCUGUGAAUUCAUUUGUCGCCUCAAAUUCUCGCCCCACUGAGAGCGCGGAGAAUUCUCCGGAUAGCUUCCUCGCCGGCGAGAUGGCCAGCGAAGCUCAUUAGACUCAUUCGUUGAAGGCUAUGAAUGCUUCUCACCAGAGAGCUCUGUGAAUUCAUUUGUCGCCUCAAAUUCUCGCCCCACUGAGAGCGCGGAAAAUUCUCCGGAUAGCUUCCUCGCCGGCGAGAUGGCCAGCGAGUUCGCCGCCUCCGUCGACUACGGCCUCCGGCUGUCCAAGCGCAUAUACUACGGGAAAGGCACCACCGCGCCCCCCGCGCCGGAGAUGUCCAGGUCGCCGGAGGCCUACCUCCCGACCGCGCCGAUGGUCUACGCCGUCGUGCCGGACCCCACGGCGGUGGACAACCCCGACGUCCCGAGCUACCAGCCGUACGUCCACGGCCGGUGCGACCCGCCGGCGCUGAUCCCGUUGCACAUGCACAGCAUCUCCGCGGAGGUUGACUGCUACCUGGACACGGCGUUCGUGAGCAUCGCCGGAGUUUGGCGCGUGCAUUGCAUCAUGGCCCGCCGGAGGUGCGAUUGCCGCGUCGCGAUUCCGAUGGGAGAGCAGGGUUUGCUUCUAGGUGUCGAGGUUAAUCUCGCUGGAAGAUCGUAUAACAGCGAACUGAUCAAUGCGGAGGACAUGAAAGAAACACUGGAAAUCACCAAAGCUAAAGACGGGCAGUUUUUGAAGUUCCAGACCUUCACCUUCAGAGUUCCGCAGGUUGAUGGAGGCUCAACUAUAUCAGUUAAGGCCAGCUGGUCUCAGAAACUAUCCUAUAGCAACUCGGAGUUUCUUCUUACCGUACCUUUUAGUUUCCCUGGAUAUGUCAAUCCUAUUGUUAAGAAUAUCUCCAGGAAACAAUUGAUACGAUUAAAUGUGGACACUGGUACUGGCAUGGAAGUUCUAUGUAGGACCACUAGCCAUCCUAUGAAGGAAUUGAGACGGGAAGUUGGUAAAUUGGCCUUUUCAUCUGAGGUAGAGGUAUCCACAUGGUCGAGUGUGGACCUCAAAAUUUCCUAUUCCGUCUCUUCAAGCGAUAUAUUUGGAGACAUACUCUUGCAAUCUCCACCAUUGCAUGACUUUGAUCAGAGCGAGUUGCUCUGCUUUUAUCUUUACCCCGGAAAUAACCAGAGUAGGAAGGUUUUCAGGAAGGAAGUUGUUUAUGUUAUGGAUAUUAGUGGAAGCAUGCAAGACGACCUCCUUGUGAAUACAAAGGAUGCAUUAAUGGAGUCACUCUGGAUGCUCAACCCAGAAGAUUCUUUUAACAUAAUAGCUUUCAAUCAUGAAGCUCGCUUAUUUUCAUUGUCGAUGGAGAAAGCAACCAAGAAGGUGCUUUGCAAUGCCCAUGAAUGGAUCAGCAAUACCUUUGUGGGGGAUGGUGGUACAGACAUCCUGCCUCCUCUAGAACAGGCAAUGAAGUUAUUAGCUGACACUACAGAUGCCGUUCCUCUGGUCUUCCUAGUCACUGAUGGUACUGUUGAAAAUGAAAGGGAAAUCUGCAACACUGUGAAACGUUAUCUAUCAAGUGGUCCGUCAGUUCCUCCUCGCUUCUUUACCUUUGGCAUAGGUCCGUACUGUAAUCACUACUUUCUCCAAGCACUCGCACGAAUUGGAAGAGGUCAUUAUGAUGCUGCCUAUGAUGCAGAGUCGGUUGCUGUUAGAAUGAAGAGUUUUUUCGCUGCUUGCUCAUCAGUAGUUGUGGCAGACAUAGGUCUGGAUGUAUUUGAAACUCUUGACUCACUUGAGCUAUUUCCUUCCCAAAUUCCUGAUCUUUUACCAGGAAGACCAUUAAUAGUAUCUGGGAGGUACUCUGGGGACUUUCCCGAGUCUGUUAAAGUUAGUGGUACUCUUGCAGAUGGAAGUGUCUUCACAGAACACUUGAAAGUUAAAUGGGCAAAGGAUGUUGCCCUUGACAGGGUCCUGGCAAGGAGGCAGAUAGAUGUACUUACGGCAGAGGCAUGGUUGCAAGAAAGUCAACAGCUCGGGGAGAAGGUGGCGAGAAUGAGUGUGCGUUAUGGGGUUCCAUCUGAGUAUACCUGCAUGAUCUUGCUCGAAACUGUUAGUGGGAAAGUAGCGGCGGAGCAGAAGGUUUUUAUAAAAGAGGUGUAUGAGAAAAUGAGCUCCAAGAAGCCGGUCGAGUGGAAGGGCCAGCAGGCUAUGGUAUUUGGGAGUUUAGGGAAGGGCUUUGGCAACUUGAAGGCAACAACAAAAAACAUAAAACCUGGGACUGAAGAAUCAAAGCCAUCUGAUGCUGCUUCAAUUCUGGUCAAUGCAGCUUCCAGUUGCUGCGCACGUCUGAUGGACCGCUUCUGCUGCAUGUGCUUCAUCCGAACAUGCUCAUUCCUCAAUGAUCAGUGCACGCAGGCCUUUACUCAGCUUUGCACUGCCCUUGCCUGCUUUGAGUGCAUCAACUGCUGCUUUGAGGUCUGUGAAUGCUGCUCGUGCCUGCAGUAAUUACAGCCAUUGAUCACGGUGGAUUCCACGUCGACGAGAACAGAUGGAAAUCAGUGGCUGUGUUCGGACCCUGGUUGAAGUGUUCUUAGACUGGACAUAGGAAAGCAUGUGUCCAUGAAACUAAGAGUUUGUUCUUCGAUGUAUAAUGUAUAUUAUCAAGUGUAUGUAUUGUAUGGCUUUUAUAUUAUGAUCGAAAUAUUUUACGAAGUUAUGAUGGUAAAAUCACCCCUCUUUGAA